CCUCAUGCCCCUAUGGGGAGGUGAAGGGCAGACAGACCCUAGCAGCACACUGGGGAGAGUGCUGAGAUGAUUCCCCAGCAAGUGCAGGAUGGAAGAAUGAAUGGGAAUUUGGUGGAGAAUAAGGAAUGGUGGGUGGCUGCAAAAUGUGUGUUGUAGGGGUGAUUCAGAUUCAUACACUGUGCCCUACGCCUUGAUUUCUAAGCCCCUUCCAUAGGUGCAUUAAGUGGCAAGACCAGCAUCCAUCAUAUGCAAUUCUCCCUUUAUCCUUGUGCGGGGAGAGUUGUCUGAUAGCGAGUGAUGAAGGAGUGGGUGAUGUGUCUUGAAAUGAGUGAUCAUUUGGAAGAAAACACUACAGAGAAAAGCAUUUUUGCUCAGGAGGAACCUGCAGAAGCCUGUGCCACUCCAGCUAAGGGAUGUCAGCUAGCACAGAAGCAACUGAUUCUUCUUGGAGAGAUAGGCCCUGGGGAGCUGAGGGAACAGAGGCGGCAGCAAAUAGAGCGGCAACUAAAAUGCUUAGCAUUUCAAAACCCAGGACCUCAAGUAGCCGACUUCAAUCCUGAAACCAGAGAGCAGCAGAAGAAAGAGCGUAUGGCCAAGAUGAACCAAGAUUUUUUUUAUAAACACAAAACUAUGAAGAAGUAUGACAAACAUGGCAGGCUGCUUUGUAAUAACAUGGAUUUGUGUGACUGCCUGGAGAAGAACUGCCUGGGUUGCUUCUAUCCGUGCCCUAAAUGCAAUUCCAACAAAUGUGGACCAGAGUGUCGCUGUAAUAGAAAAUGGGUUUAUGACAGAAUUGAGACUGAAGCUGGUGAAGUGAUCAGCAUGUUACCAUUUUUUGUCCCAGAGUGAUGGUUUUUUUCCUAGCUUUUGUAAUUGAACAAUGAUUCACCUUUUUCAUUCUUUUUAAUUUUUUAACCUUUUUAUUAAAGUGAAUUUUGGUUUUGUGGAAGGGGCUGGAUUGACUUGACUAAUGUACCUGUUGGUUAAACUGAUAAGAACAGACACUACACUUGAUCUUAGCCUUCAAGAGGCUGAGAAGUCCCUGUUUAUGGUACUCAUGCACCUUUCUCUUUCCCACCAAUGUGCCUUAAUUCUCACCAUUGGGGACAAGUAUGUAUUUCAUUCUCUUUAAUACUUAGCAACUUUGCUGAGGCAUCUAAUAAAGU